AUGGCCCCCCUCAAAUCCCUCCUCCUCACCUCCCUAGCCACCCUCGCAACGGCAUCCCCCCUCAUCGCGGACCCGUCCUCCCUGCACGCCCGUCAAUUCGGCACCGGCUCUACCGCCAACGACCUCGAGAGUGGCAGCUGCAAGGAUGUCACAUUCAUUUUUGCGCGCGGGUCGACUGAGAUUGGGAAUAUGGGCACCGUGAUCGGCCCCCCCGUCUGCGACCAACUGAAAUCCAAACUCGGCAGCGACAAAGUCGCCUGCCAGGGCGUCGGAGGCGGCUAUACCGCCGGCCUCAUGCAGAAUGCCCUGCCACAGAACACGGACCCGAAUUCCAUUUCCGCGGCGAAGCAGAUGUUCACGAUGGCGAAUUCUAAGUGUCCGAAUACGAAGAUCGUCGCUGGAGGAUAUAGUCAAGGCAGCGCGGUCAUCGACAACGCCAUCCAAGAACUCAGCAGCGAGGUGAAAGACCAAACCGUGGGCGUGGUGUUGUUUGGAUUUACUCGCAACGUGCAAGAUCAUGGCCAGAUUCCUAACUACCCCAAGGAUGAUGUCAAGGUGUAUUGUGCCGUUGGGGACUUGGUGUGUGAUGAUACACUAGUCGUCACGGCGAUGCAUUUGACGUAUGGGGUGGAUGCCGGGGAUGCGGCGAGUUUCUUGGUUUCUAAGGUGCAGGCCGCGGGGUCGAGCACGAGCAGCUCGUCGGAUUCGAGUAGUAGUUCGGGGGCGGCGAGUUUGGGUUUGGGUUCUUCCUCGGGGUCGGGGUUGGGGUCGUUGUUUGGGUUUUAG